CCCAAACCUGGAGAGAGAAGAGAGGGCAUGUAAGGGAACCUGUUUUUUUCUGUGAAGCAAUGCAUAUCUGUCAACAUCAAAUUAUCUUUGGAUGGGACAAAAGAAGAGCCUUAUUCACAGUGAAUAUGGGAUAAGUGAGCAUCAAAAAGAAGUGGAGUUUGUCUUCCAUCUCACAGGUAACAGUGCAGAUAACAAAGGAGGAGGAUCAAACAUGCAACAGGAGAAAGGAAGGAGCAGGGUGAGAUGUAGACACUGCACUGCACAGUCAGAAGAGAGGCCUGAACUUGGCUGUGCAGCUAGAGUAAGAAUGAGGCACAUUGGUUGACUGGUAGCUGGGUGUACAGCACAGAACAAAACUUCAAUCCUGACCUCACUUGGCACCCACAAUUGCUGGAAUGAGAGGCAGGGAUUUGCUGUGGGCACCCAGGAAGGAGGAAUCUAAACUGAGAGAGAAAGAGGAUGAGUUAGGCAGUCGGAAUGAUAUGUAGAGGCGGACACACAAAGAGGCUGGGUGUCAGUGAUCAACUUGGGGGUGACUGUUGGGAGUAGUUAUCUGGUCCAGGCUGGUUGGCAGAUCCCCAAGUUUGUUCAGCUGACAGAUGAGAACCCAGAAGGUGGCUAACAGGAUGAGGCUGGGUGGCCACGUGGCCCUGCAGGGAUUACAAGCAGCAAGAAGAAGGUAAAGAGAUUAGACUCAAAACGGAGCCUGCUUUUUUAACCUCGUCACUGUUGUCACACUGACAGCGUAGAAGGAAACUCCUGAGCCAAAAUUCCAUCUGUUCCUUCCUCUACCUCUCCUCCCUCCCUCUGCUCAUCCAUCCAUGCAGCCACCUCUAUUAUCUACAGGGAUCCAAUAGCAUCCAGGAACUAACUGCUGCUGAAGAACUGAGCUGGAGCACACAUAGGAGUGGACCGGACUCCCUCCCAACAAGCUGAAGACCUUGUAAGCACUGAUGAGAAGACUUUUGCACACUCUGCCAAUGGACUUGAGAUAAAGAGAUCCCGGAUUUAACUGUUGCAUACAACUGUCUCUUUACAAAUGACAACUUUGGGCUUGAAAACCACAUAAAUUAGCCCAUCAUGCUUUUGAAGUCAGGACUAUUCUUCACUUUGUGUCUGUUUACCCUCCAAGCAAGUCGAAUCAAAGACCUUCAUGACCACGGUUUUUCUGGACUCAGGGAUGUGAAGUACCGACACUUUCUAGAAGCCUCCAGACCAAUCAGACACACCACAAAUGUCAGAGCGGAGCAGGACGGACAUCGGACGAAGAGGUCAGCGCUCUUCAGCACAGGGGUCAAAGUGUGUCCCCAGGAGACGAUGAAAGCAGUCAUCGGCAGCCAUCGGACCUAUUACAAACUCAGAGUUUGUCAGGAAGCGAUUUGGGAAGCAUUUCGGAUCUUCUUGGACAGAGUCCCAAACUCAGAGGAGUACAGAGCCUGGGUCUUCACCUGCCAGCAUGAAAACCUCUGCAUGGACGACCUGGCCCAGAACUUCAGCAGCUCUCAGGAGCACCUGGACAUGGUGGCCCGAAGAGUAGCCGAGCAAGCUGAAAUUGAAGGAGUUGUCGCUGGAACCCCAGAGCCAGGAAGAGAAUGCACCUGGACACCUCCACUGAUUCUGCUACCAACUGAGGCUGACGUGAUCCAAGAAGACCCCAACAUGAUAAAAGAGAACUAUGAGGAGUACAUUGUUGAGUUUAGCGUCACCAUUGUGGACCCGACAUACACUAAGCUGCUCAGUGACCCAGAGUCUCCACAGUACAAUGACAUCACACAAGAGCUCACACAAAAGAUGCUUCAUGUGUUUGAAAAAGUUCCAGGAUUCAAAGAGAUUCGUGUUCUGGGAUUUCGCUCUGAGGACGUGUCUGUGCGUUACGCUGUGGUCUUUAAUGGAGAAACAGAGCUCAAUGAUGAACCUGACGGUCUCGAGGAGCCUGACACAGAGACACACGAGGAUGUAAAUGCUCCUAAACUGAAGCACAUCAUCGUAAAGGCCUUAAAACAGGAGUCGUCACUACCGCUGGACAUACAGACGCUCAGCUUUGAGGCUGUAACCACAGUUUAUCCAGUUGCGGAACUUGGCAUGAACCCUGUUGAGAGCAUUGUAUCUGAGGACGACACCACACAGGCUCCCACAGAGGACAGUACUCCCACCCAAAGUUUCUUCCCCACUGUGGCAGUGAUAGAAAACUCUUUGGAAGCUUCUACAAUCAAACCAGAAACACACACCUUUGUGCCUCUCAUCCCAAACAUCCUCCCAGAAGCCACUUCUGCCGCCACUGAUGAGACCCCUUUAAUGGCAGCAGCAGAGGAGGAGUCCACAGAAGAUACUGCUGAGGAGCCUAGUGACAUUAUAACACCAGGUACAAAAGUGGAAACUAUCACAGAGCAGGAAGAGGAAGCAGAGCUAGAGGUGGAGGAGGAACAUGAUGAUGGAGAACCUGAACCAGUUGAUGGGGUCCCUACUGAACAUCCAGAGCAACAGAAUGAGGACCUUCCCUUGGCAACUCCAGACUCCCAACCAGAAGAAGAAAUUACUGAAACACCUCCAGAGCUUAACCUUGACCUUCCAGAGUCUACAUAUCCCACGGUUACUGAUAUAUAUGUCAUAGAAGUAUCAGUCCCAGUCUCCACACCAUCAUCUCAUGAGGAUGCUGUCCAGGGCACUGAACCAGAAACAGAUGUGGAGCCUUUGCCAUCCCCUGCAGAGAGCGGCGAAGCUCCCGAGGACAUAGAUGAAGCUAGUGGAGGGGACAGUGGAGUGACCACAGUCUCAACAGACCUGCCUCCUGAAAACUCAAACAUUCAAGAGGAUGAAGGGUCAAGUCAGAACGGGACGGAGGCGGAAGUGACCAAAACUCUGGAAGAAGAGAGUGGUAGUGGAUUCCCCUCAGAGUCUGACGAACGCCCGUACGAAUCCACGGCUGCACCGGCCAUGAGACAAGCCAGCACCCCUCUGAUGGCCGCAAUGGAUAAGAACAAAGAGUUAGUGGUUUUCUUUAGCUUGAGGGUCACUAACAUGAUGUUUUCUGAUGACCUGUUCAACAAGAGCUCCGCAGAGUAUAAGUCACUGGAGAAUACCUUUCUUGAGCUGACUCAGCACUUUGGGUCCAGAAACUCGCCAAACCCUGGAGCUUCCAGUAAAUCUGGGCUUAGGAGACAGACGACUUUAGCCUCAAUACCGCUACUGCCAUAUCUACAAUCCAAUUUGACUGGAUUUAAGCAGCUGGAAAUUCUCAACUUUAGGAAUGGCAGUGUUGUGGUAAACAGCAGGAUGAAACUGGACAAACCGGUACCUUAUAACGUCACAGGAGCUGUUCACUGUGUGCUUGAAGACUUCUGCAGCGCAGCAUCUAAACGGCUUGACAUCGAGAUUGACAGUCGCUCCUUGGAAGUAGAACCAGCUGACCAAGCAGACCCCUGUAAAUUCCUGGCCUGCAAUGAGUUUUCACGUUGCGUGGUGAACAGUUGGACCGAAGAGGCAGAGUGUCUGUGUGAUCCGGGCUACAGCACCGUGAACGGCCUGCCGUGUCAGAGCACCUGCACUGUGCAGCCAGACUACUGCCUGAAUGGAGGCCUGUGUGAAAUAAUCCCAGGGCAUGGAGCCACCUGCAGAUGUCCUGUAGGUAAAUACUGGCACUACCAUGGAGAACGCUGCAACGAGCUGGUGUCUAUGCCGGUAGACCCUGCCUUAAUUGUAACCUGCCUCGUGGGAAGUCUCUGCCUUGUUUGUGCCGUGAUUGGCAUUUUGAUUUUCAUUAACAAGAAAUGUAUAAACACCAGAAAGGCUUUAACUUUGGUGCACACACUUGCUCCCUAUGCCUUUGAGAAUACUUUGAGGGUGAACCCAGUAUUUGAGAAUGAUGAUGGUGUCUUAACUCAAGUGUCCACAUUGCCAUGUCCUUCAAGUUCUGCUUCUUCCCAAUCCCAACAGUCUGAACAAGAACAUUUUGCCUCAAUUGAAAAUAUACAUCUGAGUAUUGAGAUCCCCAGACAACUCUACACAACAAGAUCAGAAAAGUUAGUCUCAGAAAUGGUGGACUUCCAUCACUGUAUACCACACAAUGAGCUCUAUGAUGUGUGCAAAGAUGUGGCGACGACCAAAUGAAUUCAGGACAUGCUGUGUUUUAAGGGCAUCAGAUAACGAAUGUUUUGAAGUAACAGUUCUUUGAUGACACCUUGUUCGUCUGAGGAGCAGCCAACACGGUGACACAGUGCAAAACACGAGGUAGCAAAGACUGAAGUUGCUGUUUAAACUGUAUAUGGGAUGCUUGAUACAGUAGACCAGUCAAAUGGUGUUAAAAGUGUUGAGAUGAAUUGUUCAUAGUGAUGAAAGUGUCUUGUUAGACAGAGAGCUAUGGAUAUUAAGGUGGACUUAGGUUGUCUUAAAGUGGAACCUAAUAUUUAUUUUAUAUAUUGAAUGGUAGGAACAUUUCCUGUAUACCCUUGGCAAAGGUUGUUCUUUCCUCACAAUGAGGUAUUUAUUAUUUACAAACUGAUACACAUGGUGGUAUCUUAAGUUUAGACUGUAAAAUGUUGUUUAUUUUAAUGCUUAACCAUUAUUGUGUCCCAAAAACAGAAUGAAUGAAUAAGCCAUUGACUUGGGUCAUGACAUAUUGUUUAUAGAAAUAUUGGCUGCUGAGAUGUAUUGCUAUCAGUCUGUCCUAUUCAAAACAACUCUUCCCACUAAUCAUCGAUUUGGACUCUUUUUUUUAUUUUUUACACAUUUUACAUUUAAAAUAAAAAAAAUAAAAUGUUUUUUGCAUAAAAAA